ACAAAAACUAAACAACUUUCUAAAACCGAAAAUUUUAUAAAAUUUCUUAACUUUUCACGUCGGUCUUAAAAAUAAUUGAAGUAAUUUUGGCACAGCUAAAGAAGCGGGUUUGGAACAGGACAGAACCACACUGCGGCUAGUGCUGAAUUAAAGAAAGAGGAAGAAAUAUUGGAGGAAUUAUUUAAUUGGUAAUCCAAUUUAACGAAUUUAAGUUUUCGUUUCCUAAUUUUGGACGUCUUUUUUACAAGAUAAGAAUUUCUUGAACGGGAUGGUUGGAAAAUCGAUAACACUCCGUGUUCAAGCACGCGAGGGGACUAAACGACUUCAAAUAACUUCAUCGUCUGAUACAAAGACUCUUUAUGAAAAGAUUCGAGAAACGUAUGGGUACUCAUGCUGCGCAUUCACGUUACAUAAAGACAAGUCGAAAUCUCAGCUAGUUUCGUCCUCAAAAUCCAAGACAAUCGGUCAGGUUGGACUGAAUCAUGGGGAUUUGCUGUUCCUUACUCCCGAAGAUGGGAUGACCCUCCUCCCUACCAACACCACAGAACCCGAAGCUAUGGACGAUUCAUCACAUCAGAGCACAGAGCAAACUAAUAACCAUUCAAACAACGAGUCUGCCCUUCCUGACCUUCCCUUAGUGACUCAGAAGAAAACCUCACAAGUGAACAUUCGCGAGGAUGAUGUUGACAUCGAACUAAACACGAAAGACGGAAUGAUUCCGAGGAAAAAGGACCCACGUUCUUGUCAUCAUGGUGAAAAUGCAGGCUGCGUGUACUGCUGUCCACUACCACCGUAUGACGAAGCAUAUUUAAAGGAACAUAAAAUCAAGCAUUUAUCUUUCCAUUCGUACAUGAGGAAGCUAACGAGUGGGGUUGAUAAGGGCAAAUUUGUGGCUUUAGAAGAUUUGAGUGUCAGAAUAAAAGAAGGAUGUACGACUCAUCCGCCCUGGCCAAAAGGAAUUUGCUCCAAGUGUCAGCCCUCUGCUGUGACAUUAAACCACCAGGUUUAUCGACACGUUGAUAGUGUAAUGUUCGAAAAUUCAAACAUUGUCGAACGAUUCUUGUCUUACUGGAGGUCUUCAGGGUAUCAAAGGAUGGGACUUUUGUAUGGAAAUUACGAAGAGCACGGAGACGUCCCACUUGGAAUCAGGGCUCGAGUUGCAGCCAUUUAUGAACCUCGCCAAGAUAAUGAUCGUGACGGCUUCAACUUUUAUCUCAACGAUGAGAAGCUUGCGAUAGUGAACGAAAUCGCCCUGGGACUAGGCUUGCGAUGCGUCGGAUGGAUUUUUACAGACUUGAUUCCCGAAGAUGUCAGUAAAGGAACUGUUAAACAUAUACGGGGCAUACACUCGUUUUUCCUGUCCGCUCAAGAAUGUAUUACGGCAGCAUAUUUCCAGAGUUUAAAUCCCAAUCCAUCAAAGCACUCACCGACUGGAUAUUUUGGAUCUAAAUUCGCAACAGUUAUUGUCACAGGCGACGACAAGAACCAAGUUCAUAUGGAAGGCUACCAAGUCUCCAACCAGUGCAUGGCCCUUGUCCGCGACAGAUGUCUCGUCCCAACAAAAGAUGCUCCGGAACUUGGUUAUGUCAAAGAAUCUUCCAAUGAACAAUAUGUGCCUGACGUUUUUUACAAGCACAAGGACGAGUAUGGAAACGACGUCACAAAAAUUGCCAGACCACUCCCUGUCGAAUACUUGCUCGUCGACGUGCCCGUCUCUACUCCGAAAACGCCACAGACAACUUUUACAGUUUUCGCCAACGAAGAAGCUAAGCCUUUCCCCGUCGAGAAUCGUCCAAUUGCCGGCCACCUGCAGGAUUUCAAUUCCUUGGCAGCUUAUCUCAAUCAAUUUGAUGAGAAGACAUCAUUUUUAAAGAAAGCCUGUGAUUUACACUUUCUAGUUUUUAUUGCCACGAUGGAAAUCGUUCACCUUAGGGAAUACAUUGGACCCCUGUUAGAAGCUAUUCGAACCGGAGAUGAAGGGAAAGCAAACGAUUGGGCGAAAUCAGAGCACUGGGCCACGGUGGAGCAGUUAAUUGCUGCCUCUGGAAGUAGUGGUGUAAUGACCGAUGGGGCUGGAGGAAGUACCCACGCGCAAAAUAUUUCUUCAAAUCAAGCCUCCUGGACAUGUGCUCACUGUACUUAUCACAACAUGGGUAACAGCACGUCUUGUGAAGUAUGUCAACUUCCUCGGUAAUUCAGAUCUACCGUCGAUCAGGAAUAUGUCAACAUCACAACUUUUACUCGAACAAUAAUUAUUCUACACUAGAAAAAAAAUCAAAUCGAACUGAUUGAUACCUUUCAAAUUCGCAGUGCUUAUUUCAAAUUUAUUCCUGUAUUGCAAUAUAUAUAUUGUGUGCAAAAAGCGUCUUAAAAACUGUAAAAAGAAUGUCCUCCUUACAAUUGCAUUCAGGCUGAAUUCAAUUACUCUACAUACGAAUUUAAGAAAAGUUUGAGUUUUUACAAGCGUUGUAGUUUAGUCAUUUCUAAAUUCUCAGAGCGAUAAAUAAUAAAAAUUGCACAAUUGCAAUGCGAGAUCUUGA